UUGUUCUGUCAUCAUUUUAUUUACCUUUAGUUUCAGUCUGAAAACAUUCAUUGCUAAAAAAUGUAUUGGAAAUUAAAAGUAAUUUUGAUAAUUGGUGGUGAUAUAAUUGAAUUGUUCGUAAUGUAUCAGUAAUUAUUCAACUGAGAUUCGUAUUAAAAAAUCCUUGAAAGUGCCGAACCGUAAAUCAUUUGGUACAUCUACCAAACCGAUUGAUUUAUACAGUGAUUGAAAUGAUGCGGUAUUCUGAAAUACCACGUGAUCUCUCAUCAGACAGUCUAAGAUGUAGAGAGUACUCAGAGGAAAACCUGUAUUAUGAAAAUUUGCGAGACGAAUCACCGCAAAGUGAUGUAUCCACGAAUAGUGGUCCGGGGCUUCCACUUAUCAGUUCGCUAGAAAAUAACCGUGCCAUUAAAGAUCAAACGAACAAAUGUCAAUGUCAUCAUAAAAAGCACUCCAUAGCUUCCAUAGGACCAAUUGAAUCCAUCAUAGAUCGCAGUAAAGCGACAACGUAUAGAAGGUGUCCUACUCCAACAAAUAAAUCUCAAAGUCUCCCGCCAAACGCGUCUAUCGCCAACAUCGACUCGAUUAUAAUUAGCUGUUUGCGAGUUCCUCCAGAAGAGUUAGCCAACCAAAUAACGUUACUAGACUUUCCAGUUUUUGCUGCCAUUCAUCCAGAUGAGUUAGCAAGUUGCGCAUGGAAUAAAAAGAACAAAGCCGAGCUCUCUCCGAAUGUUGUAGCAUUCACCAAACGCUUCAAUCAUACUAUAUUUUGGACGGUUCAGGAAGUGCUUAACGGAAUAUCAGCCAAAGAAAGGGCCGAAAUCAUCACCCAUUUCAUUAAAGUCGCUCGUUGUUUACACGAAUUAAAUAAUCUUCAUUCCUUGUUUGCUGUAACAUCUGCUUUGAAAAGCGCAAGUGUCUAUCGCCUCGAGAAAAGUUGGUCACACGUUUCGAAGAAGGAUAAACAGCAGUUUGAACGGUUGGCAGACAUUUUUCACGAUGAUAACAAUUGGGCUACUUUAAGAGAAUACCUCGAGAGUCUGAAACUUCCCUGCAUACCAUACCUAGGCUUAUUUUUGACUGAUUUGGUGUACAUAGACUUGGCCCAUCCCCAUAAGGGUGGUUUGGAACCAGAACAACGACGAAUUAAAAUGAACAAUAUUUUACGUGUGAUAUCGAACUAUCAAGGAUCAGACUAUUCCUACAUUCAACCGAUACCAAAAACACUCGAUUAUCUUAAUUCCGUCCGGUACAUUGAGGAGCUGCAGAACAUUUUUGAAGAUGACCAAUACAAAAAAUCUCUCAAAUUGGAACCAUUGCCAUCGUCGCCUUCCUCAUCAGCUUUAAAUGGUAAACUAUACAGCUCUAGGCAAACGAACUCAACGACAAGCUCGGCGGCCGAGAGUAGUCAUUACGGUCAUCCGUCGACGUUAGCCUCUCUAAAUUUAUCACCGGCCAAAUCCAGUUCCAUGCGUUUUCCAACCGUAACGCCGAAUACACCAUCUGCUAAAUUCAUAGGGCAUAGAAAGUGCCGGAGUUUGGGUACGAAUAUUUUCAACAAAAUAUCAUGCACUACUACUCAAUGUUCAACGAGCACUAUGCACCGAACAGAAUCAUUUGUUAAAUCGCGUCACCUUUUGGAUGACUCGGUACUUGAGAACAAAGCUCCAAUAGACACUACGUCGACUGGCAGUUCCGAUGGUGUCAUUGGAUUCGAAACCGAUGCGGAUAUUCCGGCCGAUAUUUUAGGAUUUCAAGGCUGCUUGAGGAGGAAAACAUUGAUGAAGCAUCGACGUAGGCCUACUGUUUCUGCCUGGCAACGGUACUGGGUUCAAAUAUGGGCCAAUUCUUUAGUGUACUUUGCACCUAAAUCAUUCAAAGGAACUGAGCGUACUGAUUAUAAACGUGAACCAUCAAAAAUUUGCACAUUGGAAGGAUGGAAUGUAGAAACAAAGGAUGAUGUGCAAAGCGAUACCUUCCAACUGGUGAAUCAUCAACAUGGGCACAUCUACAAGUUCCGUACUGGCUCUGCGGAUAUCGCUUUACUAUGGUUGCAUGCUCUGAAUAAGGUGAUUUCUCAAUUUACCACUGAUAUUCCAAGUAAACCUCCCGUAAAUUUGAUGUCAUUCGAAUAGUGUAAAUCGAAUGUGAUGGGGUUACUUGAAAAAUAUUGAUAGACUUCUGUUGUAACAUAGGCUCUCUAAAAAAUCGCGAAGAACAAAAAUAAAAGCUUUACAUUUUAUAACAACGAUAAAA